UGCUUUCUUUUUCGGUCACUUACAACCAUGUACCAACAUUCCCCGAUCGGAAAUACAAAACAGGGCUAUACCGCUUUGCACUGGGCAGCCAAGCACGGAAACGAAGAUGUGGUUAAGCUAAUUGCCGGCACCUACAAGGCGGAUGUGAAUGCCAGAACGAACGGGGGGUACACGCCUCUGCAUUUGGCCACCCAGUUUGGUAGAGAUAACAUCUUCGAACUACUCUGGAAUGUGUACAAGGCCAAUCGGGACAUCAUGGACUGGAGCGGCAACAAGCCACUGGACUACAGUCGCCAGCGAUCGAGUGUCUCGGCCUCGACCUGCAGCAAAAUCAAGGCUCGCAAAAAGCAUGCAAUCGAAAAAGAUUUGGGCUUCCUACGGAUUGGUUCACUGAAUGUCCGGGUAAAGAAGACCACCGAGGCGUUCAGCAAUUUCUUGGGAGUGGGCAACGGCAGUGGGGUGGCUCCGACGGGCUAUGGCAAUGGCGGGGGAGCGGGAACGGGAGCAGCAAGUCGCCAUCACCCUCGAACUCACCGAGCCCCUCAUCAGCGUCAUCAUCACCACGUUGGUACGACACGGAGUCGCAAUCCGAAUCAGAGGGCAGCGAUGACCACACCCUACGCAACGAACGGCGGCCUUCCGUCGAGGGCGAGCGUUCCCAAUAACCGCAACAUCUACGACGGGGUGCACAAGUCUUGGGGAUCGGCGGACAACAUACCACAUCGAUCGGAGGAACUCAUGCCGCCGCCCAAGACGGUCGACUAUAUCAGCAAGCGGAACAAGUCUUCGAAGCGUUCGUCCUAUGCAUCGAAUACCACCGAUUCGCCACGUGAUUCCAUCUGCUCCUCGAACUCCAGUUCGAAUCUGAAUGGCGGAUAUAGCAGCAUGCCCACGACGCCGAAUCAGUUGCGUGCUCCUAAGGGCAUCGCCGCAUCAUUCGCCGUGGAUUCCGACUCGGACUCCGCCUGCGGCUUCGACUCCAGCUGGUCGGUCAAUUGUCGCGGAUCCUCGAGCAGCAAUCCGUCGCAAUCCUAAUUACCUGAAUAUCGUUGUUAGCCCAGCCUGAAUGUCUACAUACCACACAACAUUGUGUUUAACAUUGACCAUGUAAUCAUGAAAGUAUUUGUUUUUCACUUAACUAAAAAGUAUGUUUUAAGUAUUGACUUUAAAGUUUACAUUUUCUUGUGUUUUUAAAAGUAUAUAUCUAAAGAAUCUAACAUUUGUUAUUUCCUAUUUU